CAACUGUAUUAGAUAUGUUGCACGCCACGUCUUUCGUGUGACCUGUAAUGUAAUCCUGGUACGAAUUGUCUAAAACCGAUUCCCCUAAAAAUGUCAAAACAAUCAGGAUGGACAGAUUAAGCAUAAUUUCAAGCGCUUUAUUCCUAACAGCGGAUGUAUUUGCUGUUGCAAGUCUGGCUAUGCCAAGAUGGAUCGUUUCUGACAUAGGAGGUCGCACAUACAUUGGAUUGCUGCAGUCAUGUCUGGAGAUUUACAGUGGUCAGCAAAGUGAAAUGUGUUUCACCCCUGUUCCACAGAGAACAGAAUGGCUUUUGACAUUUGUUUGUAUUAUUUUGGGCAUUCUUAGUGUCACUUCAACAAUAGGACUGUUGAUCCUUUCCCAUUGGAGGUAUCGAGUCAUGAAACAUGCCAGAUGGCUGGGAUUUGUGGCAAUAAUCCUGUUUUGCCUGGCUGCAGUCAUUUUCCCUAUUGGUUUCAACAUGGAGCAGAUAGGAGGAGAACCAUACCAGCUUCCUAACAAUUACCAAGUGGGCAUCUCCUACAUCUUCUUUGUCCUGGCUCUGUGGAUAACUGUCGUUUCAGAACUGUUUGCGAGCAAAGUCUGUUUGCCACAUUUUUAAUGCUUUUUUUUUUGACAGAAUUUGAAAAUAAGAAAUAGAAUGCCAAGACACUAGCCAUUAGAAUUGUCAGAAAUUUGGAGAAUUUUUUUUUAUAGACAAGACCUUUGAAUAACCAGUAUUUAGUUGCAUCUUUAUUAUUAAAAAUAAAUCCUUGCACAUACGGUAAUUGUUAAGUAUAUGUAUUGUCUCAUUUGUUAUAGGCACAGUUGUCCUUUGAAAGUUGUGCAAUAGAAGUAUGUUGUUACACUGUAUUGUUAAAAAUUGAUCAUAGAUUUAGAGAAUUAUGCUUUAAAGUACAUAACUGUAUGAAACUUUUGU